AUGGAUUACACUGCAAGGAAGGCUUGUAUGAUGUGUAUGCCUUCCCUACUGCAGCAAUUUCCGUCCGGGACGGAUUACACUGCAGAGAAUGCUUGCAUCACAUACCAAUUUCCGUCCGGGACGGAUUACACUGCAGAGAAUGCUUGCAUCAAAUACACCGUCUGGGACGGAUUACACUGCAAGGAAGGCUUGUAUGAUGUGUAUGCCUUAGCUACUGCAGCAAUUUCCGUCCGAGACGGAUAUAAGUGGAGUGGAGGCUUGCCUCAACUAUGUACUGCAAAAACCAUCCGGGAAGGAUUACACUGUAAAGAUGACUCAUAUGCGCUGUAUACCUUCGCUGCUGCUGCGAUUUCCGUCUGGGACGGAUACAAGUGCAGUAGAGGCUUGUCUCAGCUAUGUGAGCAAGUAACAUUACCCCAGAAAAUUUUCAGAACGGCAAAAAACUGUCCGAGAUGGAUUUACACUGCAAUGGAGGUUUGCGUGACUUGUAUGGCAUCGCUGCUGCUGCACUUUCCGUCCGAGACGGAUAUGGCUGCAGUAGAUGCUUGUCUCAGCUAUAACGGCAAAAAACUGUCGGAGAUGGAUUACACUGCAUGCGAGGUUUGUGCAACUUGCAUGCCUUCGCUACUGCUGCACUUUCCGUCCGAGACGGAUAUGGCUGUAGUAGAGGCUUGUCUUAGCUAUAACGGUAAAAAACUGUUUGAGAUGGAUUACACUGCAAUGGAGGUUUGUGUGACUUGUAUGGCAUCGCUGCUGCUGCACUUUCCGUCCGAGACGGAUAUGGCUGCAGUAAAUGCUUGCCUCAGCUAUGUACUGCAAAAACUGUCCGGGACGGAUUACACUGCAAAGACAACUCUUAUGGCUUGUAUGCCUUCCUUGCUAUUGCGCUUUCCGUCCGAGACAGAUAUGGCUGUAGUAGAGGCUUGUCUCAGCCGU